AUGUUUAGAAGUCUAAUAAAAGUUAGUUCUUUUCGAAGCUCCAAGCAUUUGAUAAAUUCAAAGUCAAUCAAAAAUUUUAGCCACACAUUCCAAAUAUUCAAUUACAACCUAAUAUAUCGCAAAAAUAUCAAUCAUGAAAACCUUUCAAAAAAUAUCAGUAAAAGAUUCUACUCAGUUAGUACUCAAGGAGAAAAUUUGGAAGGUAAAAUAGACAAAAUUCUGGAUUUAGAGUAUAAUAAUAUAUCAAAUGAAUAUCUUGAUAAUUUAGCAGAAUCUUUAGAAGAUUUGAAUGAAGAGUACGAACAAGUUGAUGCAGAACUUAGUCAUGGGGUUUUAACCUUACACUUACCACCUCAUGGAACCUAUGUGAUAAACAAACAACCACCAAAUAAACAAAUAUGGUUAAGUUCACCGGUAAGUGGGCCAAAAAGAUAUGAUUUAAUUGAAGGAAAAUGGAUCACUUUGAGAGAUGGAACUGCUUUAACUGAUUUAUUGGAAAAUGAAAUAUCUAGUGCAUUGAAUAUAGAAUAUAAAUUUAAAGACUUAAAUAAUUAA